AGUCACUUCGACGCAAGUAACCCUUUUGCGUAACCGGAUACACUCGGGGUACAUUAACCUGACCACCUCAGUCUUGAUCUCCCUGAUCGUCUGGCUGCGAAGAGAUAUGCACCGCGCGCUGCGUCUGCGCCGCGUUUCAGCGGCUGCUGCGCGUCCCCGCUGGCGUGCAACUCGCUCCUCUUCAUCUUCAGCAGCUCGCGCUCUUCUCUCACUUCCAGCGCGCUCGUCAUUCCUGCAAAACUCGCGGCGCAAUGCCCCCAUUCAGCUUGUCACGCGGUCCUUCACCUCCAUCGUCGAGCAUCCAGCACCGCAACUGACUGACAAACAGCGCGAGAGUGUCGUGGCGCUACUGAAGGCGCGAUGCAACGCGCUGUACGACGACAAUGAAGCGUAUGUGGCUCCGAACGAGGCGCUGCCACUCUGGUUACACGACGUACAGACGUUGCAGCGUCAAUACGAGUCGCCACAGCUCAACGAGGAGGUGGCGCACGCCUACGAAAGCGGCGUGGCCAUUGCCUCCAAGCAGCGGCAGUUCGAGCUGGCCACGCAGCUCACGCAGCAGAUGCAGGAGCUCGGCUUCCGUCCCACAGAACGCAUUCGUCAGUAUCUCAUCCGCAACGUGGCGCUGCAGCUCAUCAGCGGCUCCAAGCGCACAUCUCUACAGGAUCUGCGCGAGAUAUUGAAAGACGUAACCGAUGACAAGUGGCAGCGCGAGAUAAUGAGCGUCGUGGAGCGCGAGGAGCGGCCACUGCAGCUCAAGACGGACAAGGAGUUCGCGCUCUUCCACGAACGUCUCAUCACCGGUAUCGAAGCUCAGCUGGACGAGUACGAGCACUCACUCGGUGCACAGAAUGCCAAGGAACUGAAGCUUAAGAGAUCUACAGUCCCUUACAACGAGGCCCUUCGAGUCUACGCGGACAACGGCGUCAAGUUCUCCCGUAUGCUGCAGCUCAUGGUGACACGCGACCUCGUGGUGGAUGUGGAGACCUAUGAGGCGCUUCUACUAGGUGCACGUUGGAACGAAAUCCCCGCUACCCUGAGUCAACUGCUGGACUCGAAGAUGGUGGAAGAGCUCACUUCUUCAGCUUCUACUACUGCUAGUGGCCACGUACACACGCUCUGGGUUAACGCGAUGAAAGCCAUCGUAUACUCCAGCACGGAACGCUUCAAUUCGCUGUCGGCUAGUGUAUACAAGAGACACGUGGACCAACUGCGCAAGGUGUUCAUGUUCGUCGACAAGCAGCUCUCCAGCGCCUUCCCCAAGUUCAAUUACGCUUCAGCCACCCAAUACGAUGAGGUGUACACUAUGCGUGCCAAGGCUGCAGCAGCUUGUGGUCUUAUCGCACCUGUCAAGAGGAUUCUGGACGAGUAUAUCGAGCGUGCUCCUUUGAGUACCGAAGACAAGCCUGUGCUCUCCAAGGCGCCGUUCUUGGCUGCUAUGGAGAUCUUCCCGUGGUCGUUAAUGGAUGUUCUGAUGCUCUCACGUGAGUUCGCCUUGGCUCGUGCUGAGAGUCGUGACGUAGCGACAUCUCCGCGUGUGGUGGAGAUGCGUAUGAUGUACGAGCGUAUCAUGCGUAAGCUGACCAAGGCGCAGCAGACUAUUGACGAGAUUAAGCGCAAGAAGAACGCGGAAGAUGUGACUCUGGAUGAAAACGACCUGCGUGAACUGCUAGGUCAACAGAGCAGGGCGAACCAGAUCAUUGAACAGGAGUCCAGGAGAGCUACGACAGUGGAGAGACGUCUGAAUAACGCGCGUGUUCUGAAGGCCAAUCAACUGCUGAUUAAGGAGUAUUUGAAGCGUGCAGACAAGACGGUGGACUAUGUGCUGAGUAAGCUGCUGGACGCAGGAUUUGACGUGGAAAACGACCUGGAUGUUAGCGUAAAACUUAUGGAGCAGUACAUGAAGGCGGCUCGGCGCUUGGAUAGGCGUCUCACUCAACGCCAGAAGCACGCGAGUCUGCACAUGAUGCAACGCGUCUUCAAGCAGGUCAACGCGGUCUCUAGAGCUGUACAAUCCGGUGGAUUGGACAUGCAAGACCCGGAGACUAAGGACAAGUUGACCAAGUUCUUCGAACAUGCCGUAUGCACUGCCGUGCGCUUCUGGCGCGAAGAGGAGACGGACGCUCUUGUACGUCAGCAGCAGCGAUUGUUAGGCACGAAGCAACUAGCUCCGCGCGAGUACGACCAGCUCAUCUUCCAACGCGUGACGAGUCUGGACGUCCGUGGUGCCCACUCUUUGCUGCAAGAAAUGCACAAUGCAGGCAUGAAGCCGUCACAAGAAGCCAUCCAUCGUAUUGCGCUUGGACUCCUGCAUCAACGUCAUGCUUCGCCGAAUGGUGAGGCGUAUAAUACGGUCGAUACGGAGGAAGAUGAUGGCGAAGAGGAAGCUGAAGAGAGCGAAGAACAGUCGACGUCACCUGAGGAAGCACUGGACUAUGAGCUGUCUGCUAUGCUGAAUGUGUCGGACAGGGAGGCGAUCGAGCAGGAGCUUGGACUCAGUGAGGCGCUGAAGCUCGAGGGUGAUGAUAAGCUUAGUGCGCAAAGUGCGGCGGCAGCACGGAGUUUGUUGUUGGGUUCGGACGCUCCUGUGACGAUCGAAGACCUCAUCGGCUUCUUGCAGGACUGGUACAAUUUAUACGGCGUGGAACCUCUUGGAAAGACGGUUGUGCCUGUUCUGGCUCAGCUUCUAGACGCUAACAACUUGCCAGAGUUCCGUCGACUGCUGCAGAUAUUGGAGUCCAUGGAAGGAGGUCUGACACCCGCUACUCAACUGUGGCUUGAGAAGCGUCUUGAACAGCUUGGAGGCAAGACACUGGACGACUUUCGUCUGUAAGCAACAAGCUGAGACCCCCAUAGCUUCGUAGUUUUGUUUGGUACACCCUUAGAACGUCAAUGGAAGACAAACCUCCCAUCGAAUUGAUCUGAAUUCUCUGAUUACAUUUCAAUCUGGUCCAGGGAUGUGGUCAAAUACGUUCCCAGUGUCUCCACCUUGGCCUUGAGUAAUCCAGCCGGCGCAUCUGUGCUUGAGUACGCACAGAGCAGAAAGCUUUUGCCCGCUACUGUCAUCGCUAGACGUCCACGCUGCACAGCACGAGAGUAAAGUAUUUGUUAGGGUCUAGUAGCUUCGUAAGAAAGAGCAGAGAAGCUGUAGAAUGUUGUG